AUGGGCAAGACGAAGGGUAAGAGUCUAAAACUGGGUGCCUUUGAUAUACAGCAUGAUCUGUUCUCUGAUCUAAUCUCCGCUGCCGAAAGCGGGAGCCCGCUGAAGGCUGCGGAUGGCCACAAUGUUGAUGGCUGGGCUGAUGAAGACAUCCGCACUUAUAAUGAACUCCUCAACGAAAGAGCAAAGCUUGAGAAGGAGAAGACUGAGCUUGAGCAGAAGUCCUCACGACACCAAACACAACGAGCCUUGCUCGAUGAGCAUGCAACCGCACUGGAUAACCUGUUCAAGCCGCAACUCAGUGGUGAUUUCAAGUUCACAGGACAUGGAACCUGCUGCUUAGAUGCUGAUACUGAUAAUGGAUGCGUGGGGAGUUCCCAUGGCCGCGCCUUUCCGUGCAAGCAUGAAGUGUGCAAGCGUGCAAAGACGAAAGGUGUUUCCUGGAUGGAAAUGGACACCAUCAAGUAUUAUCAUGCGAGGAUAAUGGCGGAGAAAUCUCAGAGAAUGCAAAAAGCUCUGCGGAAACAGCGAGAUGUUGAGUUGGUGCGUGUCAAGAAGGAUGAUGAGGAAGAGUUUGCCUUGAGGAAUCGCAAAACUGCCAUCUUGGAUAAGGCCACUCGUCCUGCUCUUGAUGGGCCACAUCCAGGAAAGAGCGAUAAGGGUAGUCCUUUGGACCAAUCGACGUUGGAUAUACUUGCUACCAAAGACUUCUUGCUCGACCCUCGGAAUAGUGCGAUCCUGGAAGCUGCGAAGGAGAAUGAACAUAUCGUCAGAAGGAUCCGGGCAAGGCUAGACAAGAUCCGCCACGACGUGAACGCUGGCAGAGUGUCUCCCGCCGAUGCCCGCGUAAAGCUAGACCAGGCUAAUUCAGAAAUGGCGGACGCCGAGAAGAAGAACAAUGAAUUCAGGCAGAUGAUACUGGACGCCGAGCCGACAUUACCACACAUACAACAACAACAAACAAAUCCUGCCAGUCUUUCAAACGUUCUCUCUAAGACAUUGGCUUCCUCUAACGCUGAUGCCUUUUCUCAAGCCUUGACUGUUAUGAAAGGUUUUUUCAGUGCCUCAGAUCCUCACGACGUCCAAACCGCUAUCACUGAUCUACGCAGUGUCCUUGAAUUGAAUGGGCCUAUGUCCCCAGUCCUUCAAAAGUCUUUUCAAGCACUGGAGGACAUGCUAGCAAAACCAAACGCUAAAGGAUUUACAGUUGAUGUCACUACUGCCGACGGUCAAACCCGAACUUGUAACAACGUUGUCGAAGUCAUGAUGAACCUACGUCUCAAAAUGCAGGGCAAAGAUCCUCAAUCCACAGUUGCUGACACCGAACUCAACAUGGACAAAGAAACGAUGGAAGCCAACCGCGAAUGCCAGAAGACGGAAGCACAGGCUAAGGAAGACAUGAAGAAGGUGAUAAAGAAGAUGGCCCAUGAAUCUGAUGAAAAGGUGAUGAAGGCGCUUUCAACCAUCAAGACACGAGCUGUCUUGAAAUCUCGUAUCCCACCACUGUCAGACAUUGUGAUUGGAGAGGCUAUGCACAUAUUGAUGGCUGAACGCUCACUCAAAGCCCUCACUUUAGAGGCAAGAAAAGGCUCCAGCCUGUUGGAACUUUCGGGCAAGUUGACUAAGAUUGUCAUUACGGGCGCUCAAAAGCAACCAGAGAAAUACAUGGCCAUCCUGAGUGUUGUUCAAGACCAAAUUCGUCUGGAGAACAACCCACCACAAGCUCUCUUGGACGCGUUCUCAAAGGUCGAAACACAGAUGUCCAAAUUCGUUGCCACCCAUGUGGGCAAGAAGAGAGCACCAGCUACAAAUCGUGCUUCAGCAUCGACAGACAAGCAUGCCGGCGGAGCAACAAGCGAACAUGAUUUCAAGCAUCUUCAGCGACUAUUUGACCCUGAUGGAAAUCUGAAUGAUGCGGCACUGUUCCGAGACUGCCUGGCUCUACACUAUCGAAUGUAUGUUGACGAUGGGCCAUGGGAGAUGUUCCGAGUCUAUGCAGAAAAUCACGCCGAACCACAAUUCGUAUUUGAACCUUGGAAUUGGGAAAUGGAUUUCUACCAAGCAAACAUGAGCAUCCCAUUCCCUCCUGCACAGCAAUGUCUUGAUUUGAUCGUCGAGUAUCAGAGCCGCGGUAUCUGCCCCGGUCAAACCGCUCUUGUGAUUGCUCAACGUCUAACACAUCAAAUUCGAAUCGACUUUGAGGGUGCUAAGAACAACCUCAAAAUCCUCAAGAGCGUCUUGACUCAACAAGCAAUGUCUGGCAGCAGAGAUUGGUUUCUUACGUUCAACUUUAUCGGACAAGCUAUGAUAGAUCUCUUUUUCAUUUUGACCAGUGAGAUAGGCACGUGGGAAAAACAUGAUGCCCCAAUUAUGGCAAUGGACAUUGUUGGCAUGGCCUGCACCUUCUCUUUCGGUGCGAAUUGUCAAAUCCAGGGCUAUCAAAAUCUCAAGGUCCUUGAAGCAUUCAUGGCAAGUGUUCUCAUCAAUACUGAUAGAACCAACAACGCAAGAAACCUGGAUAGGCUUGGGGAUGUGAUGGGUCGCUUCUACCACAUGUGCGAUGAUCCACGAUAUCUUUGCAACUUCCGACAUGCAUGCAGGUCACAAGUACAACUGGAGAACAAGGACAAAUUCAUUGCAACGUUUCCUAUGCCGUCAGAAGUUGAAGAGUCUCGAAGAGAACAAAUGGAUGGGAAGUUCAAGCCAAAGGGCAAACAGGCAUUGACAGCUGAUCCAGGUCCAUCAACGUCCCUGACCGAUAUUCUUCAAGGAAUGGCCCAGGGUUUCCUCAAAGAGGGUACGCCAGGUGCACUCUCUGUCGCGGAUACAUAUGCGCUGCAGGCUCAGGAGGUUGCAGACAACAUCAAUCUUCUUGACCCCCGUUGCUUUGCGACCAACGUCUAUGGAAGUCAACUGCGACAUGCUAUCAGAAUUUUUAAUGGAAAGCUGAAGCGUGAUUUCAAUCUGUAUCCUGAAAGCAAUGCAGAGGAACAAGAUCAACUGUUGCUUGACAUCCAGUCACACAUCAAGGACCUGAAGGACAUCCACAUGGUGUUGUCUGACGGCCCCCUAGCGCAAGACGUCGUUACUACAGCUCGAUUCUUUGAGAUUCUUGAUGAGGUUUCGAAGCCUUAUGAGCUUCCUGAACCAGUCCAGCAGAAGGUCAGUUUAAAGCAUGUUACCCGAAAAUCACCAAGUAUGGUCAAGAGUGGUUUGCACUUCACUUCAAAGUCUGGCAACGUACAGGACGACCUGAAUGAGGCAAUUGUCAUCAGGCGUCUGAACGAACUACUCUCAGGUUCAUGGAAACCUAAAUCCAAAUCUGAAUUUGUGACGGUCCCUCCUCUCCCAGAUCUUCGUUCUCGAUCUUCGAUUCCAACCACCAAACCAGUCUUGCCUGAUCUUGCAAGUCCAGAACUUGAACCUUCCUCAUCUCAACACAACCGAACGUACCCCACCGAUCUUAUUGAAGAUCUUCACAAUCACACGCACGCUCCCUCAACCACAACUCCCUCCAUCAACAAUCCGUCUGCAAUGUCUCCAUUAACCUCCUCCCCAACUCUCUCCCUUGCAGAGGAGAAAAUCAAACAACAAUUGACGACCUUUCUGAAGGGAGUCCUUAAGAUCGACACUGAUGCCGAUAACAUGACCGAGUCCGUCCACAAGGACGUCUUCAAAGGAGUUGCAAAGCAUCUCCAGAACAUGGCACGCGGCCACGUGGAAAUGGCAUGGAUCGUGGCCAAAGGCCAAGACUACACCGGGCUCCAAGCCUGGCUCAAGGUUCGCUUCCCUGAAGCAUGCGGCGUGGGCCCCUCUGCAACCACGUUCGCCUCUGCUGCCGCCGAAGCCAAUGCUGGUGCAACGAGCACCAACGACAACGAAGAGAAAGUCCCCGAUGAGGGCAACAUCGCCGCCGCCGCCAAGCCGGCCAAGUCAACCCGGGACCCUACUGGUCGCCGCGGUCGCAAGGGCCGCAAGCAUUGA